AGGAAAAAGCCAAGGGAGGAGAGCCGUGUACUUCGCAACUCGUCGGAUUUCAUCGACAGUUAUUUCCUUAUUGACCAAUGGGAAAGCCAAACUUCUUCUCUGUGCCUAAUACGCAGUGGAAAAGCCAGACCAAAGCCUCCAACCAGGUGGAAAAAAGAUUCCCUCAACUCAAGAGGAUUAAUCCAAUGUGGCAGUUCCUAUCGCUGCACUGAAGCAUUAUGGUGUACAGUUAAUGACCUGUGAACAUACUGACAGUAGCCAACAGUGAUAAUAUGCAAUCAAUCAAGCAAGAGGUGGACUCCAGUGAGUCCUACAGUGGAGAGGAUGCUCUGGUCCUGGCUGUGGCUUUACAAGGGGCUAACAGAGAUGUGAUAGGCCACAAAAUCUCUACAAUUCCUUUCAAGGCUAAAACUACCUGUCGCAGGAAAAGAGAGUUUAUCCCAGAGGAGAAGAAAGACACCCUUUACUGGGAGAGGCGUCGCAAAAACAAUGAGGCGGCCAAACGCUCCAGGGAGAAGCGGCGCAUAAACGACAUGGUGCUUGAGAACAAGCUGAUGGCCCUUGGAGAGGAAAAUGCCUCCCUCAAGGCUGAGUUGCUGUCGUUAAAGCUGAAGUUUGGCCUGGUGAGCUUGGCAGCAUAUGCCCAAGAAGUCCAGAAGUUAUCCAGCUCCAAUGCGAUCAACCUUUACCAGGAGAUUGCUCCACCCAAUGCUGGCCAGAGUUCUUCCAGCAGGGUUUUGGAGCCUCUUCACUUGCACAGAAGCUGCGUAUCAGUCAUCAAGCAUUCACCUCAUGCACCCGAGACAUGUACUGCUACUCAGGGCAACUUUGAUAUCUGCAGGACUGCAGAGGUUAAGCAGGAACCAGCAGAGAGUGGCAGUUAUGCACAAGAGAGAAGUAGUCCCUACGAACUCUAUAGAAACUACAUGGCCAGCCCCUUGCCAGGAGUCUACUCCCAGCCUGCCUCAUUCCUGCAGCUCACCAGGUCAUCUAGUAACUCCCCCAGGAGCUCAGAUGAUGGUGCUGUAAGCAAAUCAUCAGAUGGUGAGGAUGAGCAGCAGGUCCCCAAAGGGUUGAUGCCAUCUGUAGCUGACCUGAGAAGUGUCAUUGUCUCCACACACAAAGUGCCAGAUGCCAGUUCUUCAGCUUUGCCCCACAAACUGCGGAUCAAAGCCAGAACCAUUCAAAUCAAAGUGGAGGCCAUCGACCCUGAAUAUGAGCCUUCUGGAAAGUCCUCCUCUCCUGUCAGAGUUUCAGAAGGAGGAUGCUACCAGACCACUCAGGACUCUUCAGAGUUCACUCAGUCCUCACUGUGCCCUCUGUCAUUACAGGUCAACAACAUGCAAGACUGGACCCACCAGUCUGAGCCAUGGCAUAAAAGCAGCACAGGGACACUGCAGAGUGGCUGCCAAAGUAGCAGGCUAACCACGAGCCCCAUCUCAAAUCAAACCUUUGUUGGUGUACAAGAACGUUCCUAUGCACACUCAGAUGCUGAGGACAUCUAUCUAAAACAGAGCCCUGCUGAUCUGUCCGCAAACAUGGCCUCUCUGAAAAGACUGAUCACAGCACAGCAAGGGUCUGUGAUAGAGUCAACCCAAAGCACCAUUGAUCAUCACAAGUCAUUUUCAGAAGGAUGUUCCUCUGCAUGACCUUUUGUAUUUUUUUGCAUUUCCACUGUAUUUGCUGUUGCACUGUGUGGUUGGGGUUAAACAACGUUUUGAUUACUGUAAAUUUUCAAAUAAAAGGUGUCUUAAUAAUAGCUAUUGGAGCAUGAACAAAGGCUGUCCGCUAAUAUAGACGGAUUAAAAACACUGAGGAGGGUGAAAUUACCUCUACUGUAACAGUUUACAUGGUACAUUCAGUGUAAUGUACAAUGUCACAGCACUUAUUUCAUCAGUAUAACAACAGAGUAGUGUCAUACUCAUCACUCUGCUCCUCAGAGUUUCUCCUCAUUAACACAAAUACUGUUUCCAUUAGCUAUUUAAUUUCAUUUGCUUUUACUCUGGCGCAGCAACUUACAGUCAAUGAAACUAAACACUUCCUGCAUUUUUUACAUUAAAUCUACUAUUAACAGUUGGGAAUAUGAGUAUAUAAAGCAGGGAUACUCAAUUUGCUUUCCCUGGGGGCCACUUUUGAAAAAUAACAGGAAGUCUGGGAUCAGUCAGCAGCCCUGCACAUGUAUGCAAGGGCGCCUCUAGGAAUUGACAACAAUCGGGGCUUAGCCCGGACCUCUGUCAGGGGUUCCAGGGGAACCUACCUGGCAAUUUUUUUUGUUAUACAAGCUCUGUUUUGAUGCUUUGUUAGCACUCAAGCAUUUAAAGCUGCUUUCAAACCGCCUGUAGCAGCUCACCGCCUUCGCCCAUACCCGUAAAGCUCAGUACCAGAACCCACCCGUUACCCGUCAUUAUGUCUAAGUCAAAGCUCGAUGCCAGGAUGGCAGAAACAUUCUGCACAAUCAUUGCCAGGUUAGGAAACAUUUUAGCAUACUCCUUUCACAACCAGAAAACCUCAAAAGGAUCCUCCAUGGAUGUCUUGAACUUGAUGUGGGCUGCCACCUCAUCCUUGGGCUGCCAAGUUUUAUCGCCUGAGUCCUCCAUGAUGGUGACAAAUGUGAUGAUAUAUAUAUAUAUAUAUAUAUAUAUAUAUAUAUAUACACACACUGAUAAUGUUGGUAUCUGAAUACCCAUUGUACAACAUAGUACUUGCAACUUACAAGCCAAGCAAUAACAUGUUCACCAAACUUCAGAUGACUGCUAAAUUGUCCAAAUAUACAAUACAAUACAAAUUUAUUUAUAUAGCACAUUUAUAAAUAACAGUGUUGACCAAAGUGCUGUACAAAAAAUAAGCAUGACAAAAAUACAAAACACAAAAAGUUUGUUAACACGAAUUAAGAACACAAAAUUCAGUCCACAAAGCAACCCGCAUUCACACAGAGACUGAGAAGGCCUGAGAAAACAAAUGGGUUUUUAAAUGAGACUUAAAAACAGGCAUAGUAGGUUCGAGUCUAAUCUGGAGGGGCAGCUCGUUCCAAAGUUUGGGGACCACAACAGCAACGGCUCUGUCACCCCUCUGCUUUAGCUGUGUUUUCGAGACAGCCAGGAGCGAUCUGUCAGCAAACCUCAAUGCUCGAGAGGAAACACAGGGGUGCAGGAGACUAGACAAGUAAGAGGGGGCCAACCCAUUAAGAGCCUUAAAAGUAAACAAUAAGAUCUUAAAAUUAAUCCUAAAAGAUACAGGAAGCCAGGUGGGGACUGUAAUAUCAGGGAAAUGUGCUCUCGCCUGCGUGCUCCAGUUAAAAGUCGAGCAGCCGCAUUCUGAACUAAUUGGAGUCGUGAAAGGGAAGUCUGAGAGACACCAACAAGGAGGGCAUUUCAAUAGUCAAGUCUUGUGGAGACAAAAGCAUUGAUAACCCUCUCAAAAUCAUUGAAAGAAAGGAGGGGCAUAACCUUUGAUAUGAUCCUUAACUGGAAAAAGCUGGAUUUUACAACAGAAUAUAUCUGCUGAUCUAUUUUAAGACUGUAGUCAAUUUUGACCCCAAGAUUUGUCACAGUAGGUUUAAGAUACCGAGCAAGAGAAACCAGGUCAAGAGGGGCUUUAGAGGUACUAGUGGAUCACAUUAUAACAUUAUAACCUCUGUCUUGCUUUCAUUAAAAUUUAGAAAGUUACGGGCCAACCACGCUUUAAUGUCAAUAAGACUUUUUAACAAGGGCUCUAAGCAACUCUGGUCACUGGCUUUCAGGGGCAUGUAGAUUUGGCUAUCGUCAGCAUAAAAGUGAAAUGAGAUAUAGCAUUUCCUAAUAAUAGCCCCUAAGGGGAGUAAAUAGAUGGAAAAGAGGAUAGGCCCGAGAAUGGACCCUUGGGGCACUCCCUUGGGGCAAUAUGUAGAAAUCUUUGUUAAUUUCAGUGAUUUCUGUUGUCUUGCUGCAGUAUGCAGUUUUUUACACGGCGCCAUCUAGCUUUUACUUCCCAACAGUCACAGAAGCACCUGCCCGUUAUCACAGUCCUUGACCAUAGUGACAGCAGCCACUAUGAGGGGUAUGCAGUUGUGAGAGCGGUUGUUCUGUGGUGGUAUGAAAACAGCUUAAUGUAUGUUUCCUAAAGAAAGAAAUCUUAAUGUGAAUUAAUUUAUUUGUCCUGUGAAAAAAUGUUCACUCUUUGCCCUAUCAGGGGCCUGAUAUGGCCUGCAGGCCGUAAGGUGAAUAUUGCUGGUCCAAAGGCUUUAGAUGCAAAAAAAUCUGUUGGCAACUCAGUGAGCAGCAGAGUGAUGUGAUACAAUUCUCUUUAACUGAUCAAGUUAGUGCUGAAAUGUUACACUAAAUGUUACAACUAUUAAUGUACUGAAUGUAAUCAGUAUAAAGUCCAGUGUUAUGUGCCUCCAUGUUCAACAGCUAAACAUGCAUCAACAGCAAAAUAAAACAGGAGCAGAUCAGAAAACAACAUUUUUCAAUAAAACGAUUAUAUGUAGUUAUAAAAAAAAAUGGGGAAUUAGAAACAACGGAUUUCCAGGCACUAUUUGGGAAAUUACAGUAAAGUGGUAAUCAGUGAUGUGGGAUGGACAUCAUUAUUGUUUAAGAUAUUGUUUUGUGUGGAGCUUUUAUUUUUUUUUCUUAUACCAAAUUAUUCAUGACUGCUGUCGCUGGUUUCUGCCCUGCAGUAUACACCUACUGUCACUGAACACUUACAUGCUUUGAUUUAGUGGAGCAGCAAAAAGCCCCAGUUAUCAGAACAGCUGCCACUUUAUUUACCUGUUGGGCUGGGGGCACUUUGGCAGAUGUUGCCAAAGGUUUGCAGUCUGGCUAUUUUUUGCUUUAAAGCUGUAGUCUGUUUUUAACUAAUGUAGUAUGGUUAUUGCAACCAUGUGUGUGUUGGUGUGGUGACAGGUUUACAGUGGAGACACGGUCCAUACCUCUGCUUCAGAGGAAUGUUCUGUACUGCUUUAUUUUAUAGAUUUGUAAUUUCGGAGACUUUUUUUUUAGACAUUUCCUGGAAAGAUGGUUUUAAUUUGGUACAAAUUAUGGGAGGAAUUGACAAUCAUUAAUUUUUUCCCCAUAAUUAAUAUCUAAUGACAUACUUCUAAUUGAAAUAUUGAAAAGAACCUUUCUAAUUGGGGUGAACUAUUAGACUCGGCCAACUUGCUUUUUCUUAUUUUGCACAAUAAAUGAGUAUUAAAUACAUUGCAAAGCAUUCUACUUCAUGUCUUCAUCUAUGGUGGGCCAUCACGACAAGAGUAUGCAUGCAUAAUAUAAUGUUAAUUCCACUACAGAAGAGACUUUAUGAUCACUAAAAUUAGCUGGUGAAAAAAGUGAAUGUAUCAGCAUCGGUUAACAGCCAAAUAAGUUGUUACAUAUUGGCAUAUCAGGUAUCGGGAAAAAAAUCCAAUAUUUUGCAUCCCCACUUUCUAAGACCUGUAAAAUAAAGCAUUUCUGUUCUCUCUUGUCCUGGCUGAUGUAAAUGCUGCUUACCUUCAUCUUUUCAGUAAUGAUACUGUACUCUUGGACAUGUUGCAUUCAAUGAUAAUGUCACUGCAUUACAGCAACACACUUCACCAAUAUCAUCUCUGUGGUUGGUUUACAUUGCAUAUAGUUACACAUUUGGCUUUAAACAAGUUUAGCUAAACUUUUGAAUAGGCUCUGCUGCACUGGUUCACUGUUUACCAAAUAGCCAUUGCUUCUCUUGUUUUUAGUGGAUUUUUGUUGAUUCUUUAAACCUUCCAGGCCACUGGUUAAACUGAGAAUGUGCCUGACACCGACUUUUCAUCUGAUGGAACUGACAAGAGUGUAACUGGAUUUUAUAAAGCCCUCCGAUGUAUAUUUUGACACAAUCUAUCCUCAAAUGUUAGCAAUUUAUGGAAAAUCAGCAAUUGUAUUUUGAAAAAGUCUCCAGAGAUUCAGCAUUAUGCCCGUACAGUUCUUGUAAUUGUAUUAUUAACUGUCAUGGAAUUCAGAACUUUAAGGGUUUCAUCAAAUGGCUUAUUUGUUAAUUUCUUAUAGACAUUUGGGGUGUUUAUCAUCACACUCCCUGACCUGACCUGGAGUCAGUUUCAAACUGCUGACUUCAGCCAACCCUUGUUGAUAUUCAGGUGCACUGCCUAGUUCAUUCUUAAAGAAUGGUGUGUGCAUUUGUUGUCAUGGUUUGGAAUAUCUCAGUGAUGAUGAUGAUGAUAAUGAUGGUGGUGAUAACUCCAUUUGCCCAGCAGCUACCUGUAUCUGAACACUUUUCUCAAGUUUUAUUGUAAUGGUGAGUUUUUGUUUAUAAUAAAUAUCUUGUCACUGAA